AUGAAUGGAUUGUCAAAGAAAAAAAAUAGAAGUCAAAUUAGACAAAGUUCACAAACAGAAAUUUGUUGUUAAAAUAUGUCACACUUGAAGAUUAACCCUAAACUACCGGAUAAUAGUACAAUAAAUAGCAGACAGGACAGCAAUAGCCAUGAGAUACAAGGCUCGCCAUUGACCGGCGGCGCUGACAACUGUACAUACGCGGUGACAGUAUCAAAGCCGCUGUGCUCCGGCCAGCGGUCGUGCAUCAGCAUCCACUCGACCGACCAGCUCUGCCAGCUGCCGGACGCCGCGGGGACCAGCGUCGACGAGUGCAACGUCGAGGUGUUGUCGUUGAACGAAGUGUUCCCGAGCACUUCUGAGGAGAGCGAGGAGGAGGAUGGCGAGAUGAAGAGUGUGAAGAGUAAGGUUAAGGCCAAACCAGAGAAGAAUCCCUUCGCCCCAAGCAACAGCAAGUCGUCGCCGCUCCCCAGCCGCCCGCCCGCACCGGGACUCCCCGGCCGCCCGCCAGCGCCCCCGCCCCCGCCCCCCGCACACUCGAGCGUGGCGCUGUCCGAGAACACCCUGUACGUGGUGGGCAGCGACCCCGGAGAGCCCAAGAUGUCGUACGCUGAUCCACCCAAGAAAAUGUCUAAGACGAUGAAGAAGUUCCUCCGUAACGUUGAGAAGCAGAAGUCAGAGGGAAGUAAGGGCGGGGAGAAGGCCAUCAGCAAGCUGACGACCAUGCGGGGCAUACUGAAGGACGCGCGAUGCGUCCCCGAGUGUACCGGCGACUCGGGACAGGCUGGCGAUGAUAAUGGCGACGACGUGGCAGUAUCCUACCCGCUAGACUACACGCACUACUCCAAAACGGCGGACAAGAACGUGACGUUCAACACGCAAGUUGUCAUCAUCCACUUCACGGGAGACCUGUGCGUGGGCCAGAGCGUCGAGACUCUCAGCAAGGAGAAGGACCAGCAGGCGAGGAACUCGGAACUCAGGAAAACAUUCCUCACCAAGUACAACGAGCUAUGGCAGACGCAGAAGUAAUUUUAAGCUUAGUAGUAAUUUCAUAAUUUCACGUUUCACACACUGGCUGGAUUACAGUGUAACUUGCGGUAUAUUUUGUGUAAUUUGACUUUUUAGUGUGCCCCUUAUUUAUUGAAAUCGAGAAAGUUUUUGUACCAUUUACAUUUUAAUCCGAAAUUAGAUAAAUGCAAUUUCAUAAUCGUACUUAUUUAUACAGAUAUUUAUUUAUUUAAAUAAAACAUUAUAAUAUCACAGUA